AUGGCUACCACUGGCAUCGCGCACGACAGCGACGCGGAUUCCGCAUACGGAGACAGCCUCUUUAGCGAAACGACGUCUCUCUCGUCCAGCGUGUUUGAGUAUCAAUACGAGAACGGACGGCGGUACCACUCGUUCCGCGCCGGCAAGUAUUUUGCGCCCAACGACGAACGGGAGCAGGAACGGCUGGAUCUUCUGCACCAUGUGCAGUCGAUCGUGCUGGGCGGCGAACUGCACAAGGCGCCAGUGGACAAUCCGGCGCGCAUCCUCGACAUCGGGACUGGCACCGGCAUCUGGGCUAUCGACAUCGCCGACAAAUUCCCCAUGGCCGAAGUCAUCGCCACGGACCUGUCGCCCAUCCAGCCGUCGUGGGUGCCGCCGAACCUGCAGUUCCUGGUCGACGACUGUGAGGCCGACUGGACCUUCACGCAGCAGUUCGACUGGAUCCGCAUCGGAAACAUGGGCGGCUCCAUCGCCGACUGGCCCCGACUGUUCCAGCAGUGCAUGGACAACCUCAAGCCGGGCGGCUGGCUGGAAGUCAUGGACUUUGAGGCCUGGGGGUCCACGGACGAUAAUACCCUGCCGGAAGACAGUUCCUACCAUCGAUGGCAGGUCGAGCUCAGCAACGCGUCCAACAAGUUUGGGCGGGUCAUGAAUGUCAUCCCGCACAUCAAAGAUAUGGUGGUCGCCGCCGGAUUCCAGGAUGUCAACGAGGAGAUUUACAAGGUCCCGCUGUCGCCGUGGCCUAAAGAUAAACGAUUCAAAGAACUAGCCAUGUACAUGAACCUCACCAUGACGGAGGCCGCGCCCGCGUACAGUCUGGCUCUCUUCACCCGCGUUCUCGGCUGGGAAAAGGAAGAGGUCGAGGUUCUCAUGAGUGGGGUCAGAAACGAUUUGAGGAAUUUGAAGUAUCACUUGUAUACACGAUUGUGA